CGUUAGGAACAGCAUUUGAGAUGACUGCAGUGGAGAAGAUUGAGGAGCAGCUUGCUAGUCUGCGCAUAGCAAAACGUUCUACACUAAGCGAGGAACCUGCUUACUUACUGGAUAUAGACGUUUCCAAACCUGCUCAAUCUGCAAGCAGUCGCUUUGUGGCAGUUUCGUGUUCCAAUAAGUCAAUUAGGGUAUAUAACAGGGAAACAUUAAACUUCCUGCGGGAGUACAGUAGCCAUCCUGGGAUACUUAAUGGAGUCAGAUUUGCACACGCAUGUGACAGCAUAGUGUUCUCAGCAUGCAGUGAUGGUACAGUAAAAUGUUGGGAUAUUCGUUUAGCGACUCAGAAAGCUGUACAGAUAUUCAGUGGCUAUCCUUCCAAUGUUUUCAUCAGUUUUGAUAUCAACUGCAGUGAUCUCAUAAUUUGUGCUGGAACAGAAAAAUUUGAAAAGGACACAUUUCUGGUGUUCUGGGAUGCAAGAGGCAUUACAAACUGUGGCAGUGCAACUAAAGAACCCUUGGGAGUCUAUUCUGAAAGUCACAAUGAUGAUAUCACUAGAAUUUGUUUUCAUCCUAUCGAAUCCAGUUUGCUGGUUUCUGGGUCAACUGAUGGGUUGGUUAAUGUGUUCGACAUUAACAAGGAUAAUGAAGAUGAUGCUUUGAUAUCAACUUGUAAUUCAGAUUCAUCGGUAAGUUUUAUUGGGUGGUCUGGGAAAGAUCAUAAACAGGUCUACUGCAUGACACACGAUGAGGGGUUUUGUUGGUGGGACAUUGCUCAGUUAGAUACCGAAGAACCAAUAACACUAUUGCAUGUUCUGGAUGUCAGAGAUGCAGUCUCCAUUGAAAAUGACACCUUGCAUUACCUGGUAGGUGGCUUGUACCACGAAAAAGCAGACAAACUCUUCCUUAUUGGGGGAACAUCCACAGGAAACAUUCACCUAAUAAGCUGUGGCACCGAUGGACUGAGCCUGGUGGGAACCCUUUGCGGAGGACACUCUGCCACUGUUCGCUCCUUCUGCUGGGACCUGGCCGAGGAGGCCCUGGUGACGGGUGGAGAGGAUGCUCAGCUGUUGCUAUGGAAACCCAGAGCUGUGGAAAGGUCCCUCACAAAGAAAGCAUCUAUGAAGAUUGCUUCUUCGGUGCAGAAGAGAGUAAGGGUUCACAACAGUUCCCUCAAAAGCAGGAAAAAGUAA